AUGGACAAUACUUAUGAAGGAAAGCUGAUGAUCGUGGCACUUGUCUUGAUACUUUGUGCAAUUGCCCUAUUCUACAUAUACAAGGUUACUGUCAGACGACGGUUGAGAUCUCUACAAUCAACAACUGCUUUCUCAAAUCGUGUUCCAUCCAUCGAAUUGAACAACUAUUCUUACCGGGAACCUGAAUCAGGACCAUUCUCUUCAUCCACGAAUCAAAUUACAAGCUUGCCACUAUAUACAGAAACACCUGAUCCCAUCCAGGAUGCUGGAUACUACAAGCAGGACGGAACAUUUGUUUCGUCACAAGAUAUCAACAAGAAUCAGGGUAAGGAGCAAUCAUCUGUUACUGUUUCAUAUACAGAGCAGUCUCAACAGCUAUCAGAACCACCACCAUUUGAGCCUCCUGCUUAUAAUCAAGCUGAUUAUCACCCCCCUAGGACACCUCCACCAUCAUUCCAUUUUAGAUUUUAG